AUGAUAGAGCCGCCCAGGUUCCCACUUGAAGAUCAUUUCAAGUGGUCCAAAAGUCACACCCUCCCAAAAGACGACAUCAAAGCCGGGUGUCUUGAAGGGCGGACACUUUACACCUACACCAGUGCCCACUUCCGAGACGGCAAACACUGGUGGACUCAAGUCAACCCAGACAUACUUCUGGACGAAGUCAAGUCUUGGAUUCAAACCAAAGCGACCGAGGUCAAAACAGGAGAGGUAGUGCUUGUUUACGUCGUUGGGCACUGCACCAAAGACGACGAGCCCAAGUGGUCGGAUCUGGAACACUACUUCCGCAAGUUGGGCCAUCGAGAGAUUAUGAACUAUGAGAAGCGACACUCCCUCGCUCCAACGCAAAACACCUUCGUACAGUAA